AGAAAGAAGAGGUGGUGGAAAAAUCACAAGAUAUUGUUAACAAUAAUAUCGAAAGACUACCAGAAGGAUGUAUAUCUGACAACACCAACAGAUGUGUGCUGGUCUAGUCUGGUUUCAACUCUUUUUAAAUCUGCAGCUGAUUCAGAUGUUCUUUGGGAGAAAUUUCUACCGGCUGAUUAUCAAGAGAUCAUUUCUGGAGCAUUGCAUCUUUUACCAUCAGCUGCACUAUCUGAGAAAGAGUUAUAUUAUCGCCUAUCUGAUGACCCACUUCUCAUUGAUGGUGGUUCUAAGAGCUUUCAGUUGGAAAAAUCUAGUGGGAAGAAGUGUAUCAUGCUUGGAGCAAAGGAGCUUGCAAUUUCUUGGGGCGACGGAAAGACUCCUUGGUACUGGGAUUGGCCACGUUGUCCUGGCUCCAGGUUUGCUCAAGUGGCUGAACUGCAUGGCGUAUGGUGGCUUGAAAUUCAUGGGAAGAUGGAAAUCCAAUUGCUAUCUCCGAACACCUUCUAUGUAGCUCACUUUGUGUUUAAGUUAAGGGAUGAUGCUUAUGGAUUUGAUGAUUAUGAACCAAUGAAGGCCAAAGUCGAAGUCUUUGGACGAGCUGAUGGUGACACUAAUGCGUGUAGCAAAGAGAGACUUAUCUACUUAGGUGCCUGCAGCGAAUAUUAUCCGCCAGAUCCAAUUUAUCCUCCAGACCAAAUGUUGGAGCCUGAAUAUUUUGCACGGGAGAGAGGAAACGGAUGGAUGGAGGUUGAGAUGGGUCAUUUCUACAACGGAGGAGGAGAUAGUUAAGGCGGGGAGGUGCAUAUGUCUGUGCUUGAGACUGAGAGGGGAGUACACAAGUGUGGCCUUGUUGUCCAAGGUAUGGAACUUAGACCCAAGGUGGACACACAUAGUCAUUCUAAUCCAGAUCCAAAUAAGCUCAGUUCUACUUCUAGCAGAAGCAGGAGUAGGAGGGGUAGAGGUUCCAGAGGAAGAGGAGUUGUUUCAUCAUCAUUUACUUAUGCUCAAGCAUUAACUUCUGCAGCGUCUACAUCUCAAGCAUCAACUGGAUCAAGAGGAGGCAGGGGAUCAAGGGGAAGAAGAGGUGAAAGGAGAGGCAGAUGAUUUGUUCAACAAACAUAAGGAAUCCCUUAGUGUUGAGGAAAUGUAUUUGUGCCCGUCAUAACAAAAUUCACCAAUUUUAGAUCAUUUUCUUCCCUUUUAAUCUCUGCAAUUUGAGAGCUGUUAACUGUUAUAGCUCUGAAAAACUGAAAGAAAUUUAAGGAAAAUUGAUCAGAAAAUCAGAUUAAACCUUGUGUUCCUUCGAACUGAAUAGAUUUUUUAUUUUAUU